AUGGUCGGCGUUCCAGGUAGAUCAAAAGCAUGCAAUACAUGCCUUCAAAGAAAGAUCAAGUGCGACCAAGGUCCCGUACCGUGUAAGCAAUGCCGCUCUUCCAACCGCCUCUGCACGGGCUAUCAACGAAGACGAGGCUACGUGUUCUCAGAAAAAGUCGUCUUACCCAAUACGGCGGCUUCUCAUGAAGAAUCGUCCAUCACCCAUCAAGGGAGGUGGCGUAGGGCCGAGCCCCGACAGACCGGGAAGGCUGCUCCAGUGGCUUGGACUAUCAGCCUACCACAACAUAUUCCAUCUCCUACCCUUAGCUACAUGCAAGCCCCCAGCAAUGUGGUGUUGCGGGAGCAGUUCCACUAUAUCUUCAUGAACAGACACAUGCCGGCAGAAUCAUGGGAUUCACGUCCCCGCUACUCUGUGAGUAAUUGGCUGCUUCUGCUCCAAGGAAGAACAAUUCAGUCACCGGCUUUAGAAAUGUCUGCCACCGCGUUCUUCGCUGCUAGAGUGGGUCAUAUAUAUGGUGAUCGGGAACUGGUCAAUAGGAGCCGUUCUCUAUACAUUGAUAGCCUUGCUCAGGUCCAGCAGGCAUUAAGGAAUCCUUCAAGCCGGUUAUCUGAUGAAACAUUGGCGGCUUGUAUGGCUUUGUCGUUUUAUGAGAUUAGUGAAGGGCCUCCUGGACCAGGAAAUGCUUAUGGGACUCAUUCUAAGGGCGCUGUGAGUCUCCUUAAGAUGCGAGGCCCUGAGGCAUGUGGUGAGUCGCCGCUGGGGCAUGCGUUGUUUUUGGCUUUGCGAAUACAGACGGUUCUAAAAUGUUUGGAUUCUCGUCGUCCUUCAUUUCUAUCCGAGCCUGAGUGGAUGGAGAAGCCCUGGCGCAUGAUACCCAAGUCUCACGCUGACAGAUUGUGGGAUUUGCUUUCUGAUAUAGUGGGUGUGAAUUCCAAGUUCGACAACGCACUCCAGGCAUUCGACCAAAACAACACUCUUCUUCAAGCGGCCCUUGACACCGUCCGUCUUGAAUGCCUUGGGAUUCAUGCAGCUUUACAAACUCUUUACGAUGAGUUCGAACAAACCAUUUCCGGUCCACUAUACUGGCCCGAACUCUCCACACUGGAACUAAAAGGCAAUCCCAACAGCAACGGCGAACAGCCUACGUUAUUCCCUGUCUCGUUCCACUUCUCCAAUUUUCUUGUCGCUCAAUUCCUAGUUACAUACUGGUCAGCCAUGAUGCUGUUGCACCGCCAACUCGCCACAACUUACCAUCAAAUGGCCGCAGUCGAUGGUUCUGUCUUUUUAUCUCGAUCGCAAGAAGCUUCAGAUGAAGUAUACACUAUGGUAACGAACAUAUGCCAGUCAGUCGAAUACCUAAGUCAGCCCCAAAUGGGCGGCGCGGGUUUAUUGGCUGUCAUUGCGCCACUACGCGGAUGCAAGCCUGCACUGAAUAGUGUGGCUGUGUUACAGAACGAGGAAGUCAGUCGGGAAAUUGCUUGGGUCAGCGAGUUCCUCGCACGGACGCAGCGAAGGUUUAAUUUCGAUAUUAGUCUGAGUUUGGAUUUUAGUAGAUAG